GUUGCGCAUGCGCCGUGGUACUUUCUUUUUGUUGAAGUCGACAAUCAAGGUCGAAAACAUGCCUUUGUAUAAAGAUUUACUACAUCCUACUGCUGAAGAAGAGAAAAGAAAACACAAAUUAAAAAGGCUUGUGCAGUCACCCAAUUCAUACUUCAUGGAUGUAAAAUGUCCUGGUUGUUACAAGAUUACGACCGUAUUCAGUCAUGCCCAGACAGUUGUGCUAUGCGUUAGCUGUUCGACAGUUCUGUGUCAGCCCACUGGUGGUCGUGCAAGAUUAACUGAAGGCUGCUCAUUCAGAAGGAAGCAACAAUAAGUAAUUACUACUAAGAAAAUUGUAAUGUUGAUAUUGUAUUAAACAAUAGCUUUGAUUCUGUCUCA